ACCCUGACUCACACUGCUGUCCUCUUUAAGCUGACAGUGUGCAGCCAGAAAAAUGAAUUAAAUUAAAAUUUAAUAACUGUCUGGGUGCCAAGCGUGUCUAAGUUUAAAGCACCGACAAGGUCUUGUUCAUUGAUCAUCAACCACAGACGGAUUUGUGUUCUUUCUUUCUUGGUUUACACUACCCGUCAAGUAGCAGUUCGAGAUGAAGAUUCCAAUUUUGUUUAUCCUGACCGCUGCUGCCUGCACCACACUUGUGGAAAUGACCCAGUUUCGGCAUUGUAAUAAUACAGAUACAACAGACUCCUCUGUGCUAGGAGAAAACAUCGAAGUGACUGUAGAGCAGUGCCCCAACUCCCUACCCUGUGUGUUCACAAGAGGCAGCUACGCAAGGAUCUCAAUACAAUUUACAGCACGUAAGGACAUCCAUGGGCCAAUCCAGGCCAGGGCCUGGGGCGUGUUCCCUAUCCCGGAGAAACAGCCCAUUGAGAUUCCCUUCACAGUGGGAGAUGAGGGCACUAAUUGUACAGGAGACAAGUGCUUCAUAAGGGCCGGGGAACGUGUGGAGUACACAGAAGACAUUCCUAUUUUGGAAUUCUUCCCCAAAGUAAGUCUCAAAUUAUUAUGUUUACUUAUUGUUGUUGUUGUUGUUUGGGUUUUUUUUUCUCGAUUUUAUCGCCGUUUUUGAAAAGUAAGAUAUUGUUAUUUUGCGCAUUUGGUUUGAUAAUAUCGA